UGUUAAAGGCGCCUCUAAAAUCAUCUGAAAUUCGGCAGUGAAAAGCGUUUGAAUGUUUUCUUUUUAAGCAGUUUGUAAUAAAUGUGUUGCGUUUUUUAUAUUACGUGAAUUAUGGCUAUGAGACCAAGCAUAAUUUUUCUCUUUGAUCUAGAUUUUCUUUCUAUCAGAUCCAGUAAUAAUGUGGUUAAUAGUGAUGAUGAUUUCCGUUCACAGUGUAUUCAUCUUUUACGACACAUCGCUCUGAAUAUUUUGAACUACUUCAGUGAGCAACAAAUUAAUAUUCGGUGGGGCUACCGCUUUUAUUCUUCAUCGAAUUACCAUCUUACUAACAAAGCAAGUUUUGUGGACCUUAAUGCCUACACGGUGGAGGAGUUUGAAGAAACAUUAACUGUUCGUUUUGAACAGAAUAAUGGAUUGACUGAUGGAGCAUGUUUCAGUCAAAUGACUGGAGCUUGUGUUCUCAGUCGAACCCUUCAAGAUAUUAUCUCAGAUUAUGAUUGGAAAGCACCCUCUGAUUCCUUGACCCCUACCAGAAAAGGGAAAAAAGCUGGGAAACAGCUUGAGCAGGGAUUACAAAAUAUGGUGUUCAUAUUUACUGAAGUACCUGCUGAUGAAGGAAUAAAAUCAUUUUGUAGAUUCAGUGUACAAGAUGAACUAUCAACUAAAUCAAUUACAAAUGCCAUAUUGCCUAAAGAGUUGGCAAAACGUUUCCAAGAGUUUCAAUUAAGUCUGAAUUUCAUAGAUUUUUCUAACAAAAAGAAGACAAUGUUUAGGAAAAUUGCAAGUAACUUACGUGGGGCAGUCAUUAAUGCACAGUUCCUUAUCUCACCCUUCAGUUUUAGUCAAAUAUUGCAAGCGUCAUGCUUUACAGAAGAUGACACCCCAAAAGAAUGUCAUUCUUGCCAAUCUCUUUCUCUUGGUUCUAAAAUAAUAGUGUUUAUUCUACACCAAGAACCAAUCAAGUUCCAAGUUCAGUGCUGGAACCCAGGAUGCACAAAAUCUAGUCUUUGUUUGGAGGACACAAAUAUUAACAAUACUGUGAUCAACUGUAAGGCAGUACAGAAAACAUCAGUGCCAGUCGCCAGCUUGUUGAACUAUGAAUCGUUAUAUCUACUCACCAGCAAUAGCAUAUUGGUACCGGAGCUUCGCUUUCACAAAAUAUCAUGGAUUGGUCAGUUGAAUGAUCGAUUCUGUUGCAUUUCACCACUCACUUCACGGACAGCUUCUUUGUUAUUCCCAUCCUCUGAUAACUCCACCUUUCAGUUCUGGGCUGCAAAUCUUUUUGAAAGUACAAGCCAGAAAGAAGCAAAAUUUUCGUGUACUAGAAAUUUUGUCGAAAAACUCGUUGAAGAUAAUCUUAGUUGCUCACCAUACGCUGAACAUGUUCCGUCUUCAAUUACUAACCAGGACCACAGGUGGUAUGUCCGGAGUCAUCUCAAAGGAAACUAUGUCGAAAAGAAAGGAACUCACCUAGGAAUGCAUUGGCAAAUACUUAAGGACUGCUUUCAAAAUGAAGAAAUCCAAGAAGAAGGCAUAAAGGAGUUCAAUAACAAUUCGUUUGAUCAACUGUCCCUCCCUAUACACCAAAGCGACAUAUCUGGAGGUGUUUCAGCCAAUUGUAACGAGGCUGCAAUUAAGAAAAUCGGCAGUAAUAGGAUUCAAAACCUUCGCGCUUCUACUCUUCUACAGAAAAGCCAAGAGGUGCGGGCAAAAAACGAUGAAAUGGAAAGAGAAAAAAUCUACAAAGAGAAGCAAGUAGCAGAAGAAAAGAAGGAGAAAGUAUGGAAAGAACUUCAAGUCUACUUGUCAAACCUGCGUUCAUCCAUCGCGUUUGGGGAAGGUGUAAUUCGAUUAGUUCCAAAUACGGAAAAAUUUGAUCAACAAAAGAUAUUAGAUAGCUGUCUAAAGCUCAAACACCAGGAGUUUACAUCCCAACUUGAAGACUGGCAAUUAUUGUGCCUAGUGCAGGUGAUAGCCAGUACUAUCCUUUAUGUCUUCGAAGAAAAAACAUCAUUGGUACCGGGAUAUGAAAUAAUCCAACAAAACUUGAUGAAGAAACCUGGAACUGUUAAUCGCACAACGCCGAAAGAUAGCAAAGUUUUCGAAUUCAAGUUUCAAAUCAUGCUCCGUCUUGAAUUGUGUUGGGUCGUCCCUUCGUUAAUAGGAGAAGAAGAAGAUAUGCUGCAAGAGACUGUUAGCUUGUUUCAAAUGCUUUCAAUCCAUUCCAAUCCUCAAAUAAUAACAAGUUUUUUUCAGGAUGCUUUGAUACAUAGUUUUGAAAACAUGCUCCCUGAGUUUCUAGUUAAUUUGGGUGAAGAAUUAAAUCAGCCUAUUCCGGCCAGCUUGAGUGAGCAGGUGCGACUGAAAACUUCAAUUCGGACUCCAAGUCCCGCCCUUAGUUCGAAAGUGCCGUCUGUUCAUUCAGUUGCUUCCCAGCAAGAAACAAGUAACAGUCAAAGAUCAGUCGCACGCGAAUUAAGGUCGAGAACGCUGUCCAGGCAACCAAGCCUCAAUGUUCUUCAGCACAAAAAACAGAUUACUCUUCCCAACAAGGUGGAGAAAGUUCCAGUCGCUGCGAAGAAAGAAGAAUCAAAUGAAGUGGUUCGAGUACGUCGUAGCUUACAAUUUGGUGCGGAGAUACCCCUUCAAAAAAAUAGAAGUAAAUCGCCAUGUAAAGGAGCUUCAAGAAAAUUGAACACAUCGUUCGAACCAAUAGCAGAGUUCACGACGCCUAGCAAAGCACCAAAUGCCAUUCUAGCGCCAGAAACGCCAUCCCGUCUUCGUAGCGAUAAUAAAAACAAAAAAACUGAUGGCAUUCACGUUGUCGGUGAAUCACCAGAAAUUAAACAAGAAGUUUUGCGAAGGAGCCCACGACGAUUGGAAGCAGCUAUCGCAUUGCGCCGACGAGCAUCGUUUUACUCUUCGUUGACCUCGGAGUUGAAUCCGGAAAAGGGAGCAUCGCGGAACUGGUCAAGAGGAGAGAGCCAAGUUUGGUCAGAAAAGGCUAAAGCCAAUACCAGCAUCCAACCUACAGAAGACAUUAUUCCACAAGUUGGGCAAUCUGCAAGAUUUCUCUUCUCCAAGAUUCUGUCGAGAAACGACUCCAUGCCCACCACUGAGCUCGGUUUUAGUCAUCGGGCAACUGUCAUCGAAUCCGAUAACUCACAGCCCAUACCAUCGCUCGCUACCCCACGAAAGGGUGAUUCGACUAUGCUUUUACCGCCUUCCACGCCGUCACGUCAGCGGUUAACAUUUGGCGAACCAGCAACAUCAUCAGUGUUGGUCCAGGGCACGCCUCAUAAGACGCCAAUGAAAACGCCGAAACAAGUGCAGUUUAAUUUCAGCUUUCAGCCAGCAACUCCGUCAUCAAAGGUUGUCCCCGAUCCUAGAAGUAUCUUGAAAUCGCCCAUGUCAUUUCAAUCGCAUGAAAGCAGAACGCCGUGUAAAACUGGCCCUCUUGGUCGGCCUGGACAUCAAGUAAUCCACUUUUUGGAUGACACUAAUUUUACGGGUAGACACCAGUUGGAGCUCCAUAGUCCUUUGAAAACAGAAGGAAAUGAAUCAAAGAAAGAAGACAAAGCAGAUGGAUUUUCGGAGGAUGACUCCAGAUUAUCUCGUGAAUCUAUUAACGUUCCUUUUAUUCAACGUGAAGUACACAAGCUCGAUGAAAAUACGCUACGACAGAAUCAAGAAGUUGAACUUCAAUCGCCCGCCAAAGCGGAACGUCCUUCGAUCGUUUCGCCGUUGACACUCCGUCGUUCGUCUCGGCAUCCACUUUCUUAUCAAAAUAACCAAGCCAGUAAUUUUUAUCAACAUAACCCCAACUGGUCGGUAGUCAAUUAUAGACGGCCAAACGUCGAGGGAACUAGUGGUGUUCGACCUUCACCGGAUUUUUCGGGACUGGUUAAUAACGACGUCAACGAAGAUCCAUAUGAGUUCGAAGAAGAAACCGAAGCGAAACCCAAACGCUUGACGCUUGUAGAUUCAAGCUCGCACAAAAGAAAGCUUUUUCAAUCGUCUGCUGAAAAGACUCCCAUUCCUAAACGACGACGACUCAUUCCAAACGCCUCUCCCAUCGAUGAAUUAAAAACAACACCACCUCCUUGUAAGUUUCAAGCACCAAAAGACGGCAGCUUAUUCCACUUAGAAAAUUCUCCACUUUUGAAUUCUAUUGAAGCCAAAUUUUUAGCUUAGUUAUGUUUUGAGAAACUUAUGUGUAUGAACGUGCAGUUUUCCUCAUUAGAUUUUAAACAAGA